CAUAAGACUGGUGUCUUAUAUGAAGAGAAGACACAGCAAUACACAGGGAAGGAGGCCAUGUGAAGACAGAGGCAGAGACUGGGGUGAUGUGUCUAAAAGCUAGGGAACACAAAGGAUUUCCGGCAACCACCAGAAGCAAUGAGAGAGACGUGUGACAGAUUCUCCCGCAUAACCUCCAGAAAGGGCCAAUCCUGCCAACACCAUGAUUUUGGACUUCAGUCCUCCUGAACUACAGCCCUGAAGAGCCUCCAGCCUGAAGCUGCUGUCUAGACUGUUCUCUGAAAACAGCACCCAGAUUCUUACCUGAACUUUCCACCACCUUCUCCAGGACAUCCCCUGCACCCUGGAUCUCACUUCAUUGUCUUUCUUGGAUUCUUCCCUUCUUUUGAGAGGAAUACUUCCUCCAGUAACUUCCUGAGGAAGGGGACUAGGAGCCUGAUGAGAAGCCUGUGAAGGACCCUAUCAACCCAGAAGGAGAAAAUCUGAUGAGUGAUGGUGUGGGCAACAGGCCUGCGGGUGAGAGGAGGGCACAGCGAGCCACUCUCGUACUUCAUGGAGUCUUCAUCACUGGUGUGGUUUGGGCCCAGGAGGACAUACGUUUCAGAGAAGGAGCUUCAAACUGCUUUGUUUGGGAUCAUGAUUUCCCUGCAUGUUGAUGACAGAUUUCCCAAGUGAUGGUAACCAGAUGGGUGCUGGAGUCAACCUCUUAGUUCUGGCCGGGUGAGUGCACAGACUCAACAAAAUGAAACCAGGAUGCUUUUGGCUGCAUCUCACACUUCUUGGAGCCUCCCUGCCUGCUGCGCUGGGGUGGAUGAACCCAGGAACCAGCAGAGGAUUGAACGUGGGUGUGGGAGAGUCCCGGGAAGAGGAAUCCAGACGCCUUGAAGUCACAAGAAGAGAAGGGCUUUCCGGCCACCGUGGGCUGCCGGCCUCCUGCAGGAAGAAGUUCUGCAGCCUCGGGAGCAGGUGCACGCUCAGCAGGGAGACGGGGGAGCCCGAGUGCCGGUGCCUGGAGGCCUGCAGUCCCAGCUACAUGCCCGUGUGUGGCUCUGAUGGGAGGGUUUACGAAAACCACUGUGAGCUCCACCGUGCUGCUUGCCUGCUGGGGAAGAAGAUUGUCAUCGUCCGCAGCAAGGACUGUUUCCUUGAAGGUGACCCGUGCACCAUGGCCGACUACGCCCGCCUGAAGAAGGCCCUUCUGGCGCUGCAGACUCGCCUGCAGCCACUCCAUGAAGGGGACAGCAGAGAAGACCCUGCUUCCCAGAAGCGGCUCCUGGUGGAAUCUCUGUUUAAGGACUUGGAUGUAGACGGGGAUGGCCACCUCAGCCGCUCUGAACUGGCCCAGCACGUGCUGAAGGAACAGGGCCUGGAAGAGGACUUCCUGGGGUGCUCACCAGGCGACCUCCUCCGAUUUGAUGACUACAACAAAGACGGCCUCCUGACCCUCCAUGAGUUCUACACAGCCUUCCAGGUGGUACAGCUCAGCCUCGCCCCUGAGGAGAGGGUCAGUGUGGCCACAGUGACUGUGGGCCUGAGCACAGUGCUGACCUGCGCUGUCCACGGAGACCUGCGGCCACCCAUCGUCUGGAAGCGCAACGGGCUGGCCCUGAACUUCCUGGAUUUGGAAGACAUCAAUGACUUUGGAGAGGACGACUCCCUCUACAUCACCAAGGUGACCACCAUCCACAUGGGCAAUUACACCUGCCAUGCCUCUGGCUACGAGCAGCUGUUCCAGACCCACGUCCUGCAGGUGAAUGUGCCACCCGUCAUCCGUGUCUAUCCAGAGACCCAGGCACAGGAACCCGGAGUGGCAGCUAGCCUGAGAUGUCACGCAGAGGGCAUUCCUAUGCCCAGAAUCACUUGGCUAAAAAAUGGCAUGGAUGUCUCAACCCAGAUGUCGAAACAGCUUUCCCUUUUAGCCAAUGGGAGCGAACUCCACAUCGGCAGUGUUCGGUAUGAAGACACAGGGGCGUAUACCUGCAUUGCCAAAAAUGAAGUGGGUGUGGACGAAGAUAUUUCCUCCCUCUUCAUCGAAGACUCGGCUAGAAAGACCCUUGCAAACAUUCUAUGGCGAGAAGAAGGUCUCAGUGUGGGAAACAUGUUCUACAUCUUCUCCGACGAUGGUAUAAUCAUCUUGCACCCAGUGGACUGUGAGAUCCAGAGGCACCUCAGACCCACGGAGAAGAUCUUCAUGAGCUACGAAGAAAUCUGUCCUCAAAGGGAAGGAGGCGCCACCCAGCCCUGCCAGUGGGCCUCAGCAGUGAACGUCAGGCACCGCUACAUCUACGUGGCCCAGCCCGCCCUGAGCAGAGUCCUCGUGGUCGACGUGCAGGCCCAGAAAGUCCUCCAGUCCAUAGGUGUCGACCCUCUGCCGGCUAAGUUGUCCUAUGACAAAUCACAUGACCAAGUGUGGGUCCUGAGCUGGGGGAACGUGCAUAAGUCCCAACCAAGCCUCCAGGUGAUCACAGAGGCCAGCACCGGUCAGGGCCAGCACCUCAUCCGCACGCCCUUUGCAGGAGUGGACGAUUUCUUCAUUCCUCCAACAAACCUCAUCAUCAACCACGUCAGGUUCGGCUUCAUCUUCAACAAGUCUGACCCUGCAGUCCACAAAGUCGACCUGGAAACACUGAUGCUCCUCAAGACCAUCGGGCUGCAGAGCCACGGCUGCCUGCCACAGGCCAUGGCCCACACCCACCUGGGCGGCUACUUCUUCAUCCAGUGCCGACAGCACAGCUCCUCUCCAGCCGCCCCGCAGCUGCUGCUCGACAGUGUCACGGACACCGUGGUCGGCCCCAACGGCCACGUUACCGGCACCCCACACACUUCCCCCGAUGGGCGCUUCCUAGUCAGCGCCGCCUCCAACAGCCCCCAGCUUCACGUGCAGGAGAUCACACUGCGGGGGGAGAUCCAGACCCUCUAUGACCUGAAAGUGAGCCAGGGCGUCUCAGACGUGGCCUUCCAGCCCUCCUUCACCCAGGGCGACCAGUACUACGUCUACGCCACGCUGGAGACAGAGCCGGACCUGCUCUUCCUAGAGCUGUCCACGGGGAAGACGGGCGUGCUGAAGGGCUUGAAGGAGCCGCCCGCGCCCGCGGGGCCAGCCCGAGCCUGGGCCGGGCCCCGCAGGAUCGUGAGGGACAGCGGGCUGUUCGGGCAGUACCUCCUCACGCCAGCCCAAGAGUCACUGCUUCUCAUCAACGCGAGACAAAACGCGCCGCGGUGUGAGGUGGCGGGAGUAAAGGGGGGGACCACAGUGGUGUGGGUGGGCGAGGUAUGAAGCAGCCACGAGCACCGCCUGGUACUGACACCACAGCCCCAAGCAGGCACCCUGUACAUUUUUACAGACAAAAGCAAAAACCUGUAUUCGCUUUGUGGUUCAACACUGGUCUCCUUGCAAGUUUCCUAGUAUAAGGUAUGCGCUGCUAACAAGAUGGGGGUUUUUCGUUAGGACGUAUGAUUUCUGCCUUGAGCUACGAUGAGAAUAUGCUGCUGUGUAAAGGAAUCAUUUCUGCGCCCAGCCACGCGCCACGUUACCUGGGCUGCCAUGGAACCAGGAGCUCCUGCUUUCCAGGCAGAUGCUUCUGUCCGUUGCCUUCGCCUAGUCAUUCUCCAGGGUCCGGCCAGACUUCACCCUGAUGUGGCCUGAAGACACAGGCUCCCUGGAGCAGGGCUCUCCCUCCUGGCGUGAGAGCCACAUUGCCCUCGCUCUGGACCUCAUUUUCUCCUUCGCAGUUGCUUCUUGCUUUUCUUUCCAUUUGACUUGUUGUAAGCCUGAGGGAGAGCCAACAAGACUUAUUGCAUCUUGGGGGAU